AUGCAACCGUUACAAUCAAUCAUCAUCGGAGCGUUCCUGCUCUGUGGGUUCGCCGUGUUGGCCUACGGUGCCACGGAAUGUCCCAAAAAACCUUACCGAGUUGUGUGCUACUUGGCCGGCUGGUCAACGUACCGCGAAGGAAGCGGUUCGUUCAACAUCAGCUACAUCGUACCGGAUCACUGCACGCACCUGGUAUACACGUUUGCAGGAUUGAACAUCGGUGGUGGGAUCGAUUCCCUUGAUUACUACAACGAUAUAAACGUGAAAAAGGGAUAUGAAAAGGUUGUGGCGAUAAAGGAAGAGAACCCGUGCCUGAAGGUGAUGCUGGCCAUCGGUGGAUGGAACGAGGGUUCGGAAAAGUACUCACUGAUGGCGGAACGGGAAUCGACGCGGGAGGCUUUUGCUGAUCAAACGCUACGCUACCUCGUGCACUACGGAUUCGAUGGUUUGGAUUUGGAUUGGGAGUACCCUACGAUGCGUGGUGGAAUUCCAGAGGAUCGCGAAAACUUCGUACUCCUCGUCCAGACGCUGCGUGGAAAGUUUGCACCUCGCAAGAAGCUCCUGACAGCGGCCAUCAGUGCCUCCAAGCAGAUCCUUGAAGCUGGCUACGAUCUACCGAAACUCUGCGAAGAGCUUGAUUUUAUCAGUCUCAUGAACUACGACUACUCCAGCAAAGAUAAGGCCACUCUAGAUGCGCCCCUCUAUGGGGACUCCAACACGCGUGAAUCGAUUGACACAACGAUCGCGUAUAUCAGCAGGAGUGGCUGCCCGAUGGGCAAGUUCACACUCGGCAUAACGACCCACGCCAAGACGUACACCGUCGUACCGGGGCGGCUGAUGGCUCCGGGCAUUAACGCCCUUGGACCUGGCCUCGCGGGACCGUACACUCGCAGCGAAGGUUCACUCGGUUACAACGAGGUUUGUGAAAUGCUUAAACCGAAUCGAACCGCCACCAACCCGUGGAACGUCAAGUUGGUGGCCCAAAGUGCCGUCAAGUACGCGUACCGGGACGAUCAGUGGAUUACUUUCGACGGCGUUGAAACGAUCGGCACGAAGGUAAAGUACGCGAUGGACAAGAAGCUUGGUGGGGUCAUGUUUUGGACCAUCGACACCGACGACUUCCAGGGUGACUGUCAUAACGAGGCGUAUCCGCUGUUGCUGACUGCACUCCGAACACUUGGUUAUGUGAAGAAAGCUUAA